UUACUACCUACAAACUCUACUGAAAUGUCCACAUCAACCACAAGUAUGUCCUCACUGCUGACAAGAUCUAGUGCAAUGUCUACACCCAUCACAAGUUUGUCCUCACUACCUAUGAGCUCUACUGACAUGUCUUCAUCAGGCACAAGUAUAUCUACAGUACCUAUAAGCUCUGCUGAAAUGUCAAUGUCAACCUCCAUUAACCCCUCAAGUUCCACAAGGUCAACUGAAAUGUAUACUUCAGCUAUAAGUAUGUCCUCGCAACCUACGAGGUCUACUGACAUGUCUACAUCAGGCACAAGUAUGGCUUCAGUACUAACUAGCUCAAAUGCAAUGUCCACAUCGACGACAAGUAUGUUUUCACUGCCUACAAGUUCUACAGAAAUGACUUCAUCAGGCACAAGUAUAUCUCCACUACCUCUAAGCUCUACUGAAAUGUCAACGGCAACCACCAUUGACCCCUCUAGUUCCAAAAGUUCCACUGAAAUGUCUACAUCAGGUACAAGUAUGUCCUCACUACCUACAAGCUAUACAGAAAUGUCAAUGACAACCACAGUUAUGCCUUUAAGUUCCACAAGAUCAACUGGGAUGUCUACUUCGGGCAUAAGCACAUCCUCACUACCUACAAGCAAUAUUGGAAUAUCGACAUCAGCCACAAUUAUCCCCUCAAGUUCUACACGUUCAACUGAAAUGUCUACAUCAGCCACAAGUAUGUCCUCACUACCUAUGAGCUCUACUGAAAUGUCUACAUCAGCCACAAAUAUCCCCUCAAGUUCCACAAGUUCAACCGAAAUGUCUACAUCAGCCACAAGUAUGUCGUCACUACCCACAAGUUCUACUGAAAUGUCCACAUCAGGCACAAGUAUGUCCUCACUACCUAUGAGCUCUACUGAAAUGUCCACAAGAGGAACAAGUAUGUCCUCACUACCUACAAGCGCUACUGAAAUGUCUACAUCAGCCACAAUUAUCCCCUCAAGUUCCACAAGUUCAACUGAAAUGUCUACAUCAGCCACAAGUAUGUCCUCAGUACCCAAAAGCUCUACUGAAAUGUCUACAUCAGCCACAAUGAUCCCCUCAAGUUCCACAAGUUCAACUGAAAUGUCUACAUCAGCCACAAGUAUGUCCUCACUACCUAUGAGCUCUACUGAAAUGUCCACAUCAGGCACAAGUAUGUCCUCACUACCUAUGAGCUCUACUGAAAUGUCUACAUUAGCCACAAUUAUCCCAUCAAGUUCCACAAGUUCAACUGAAAUGUCUACAUCAGCUACAAGUAUGUCCUCAAUACCUAUGAGCUCUACUGAAAUGUCUACAUCAGCCAAAAUUAUCCCCUCAAGUUCCACAGGCUCAAACGAAAUGUCUACAUCAGCCACAAGUAUGUCCUCACUACCUAUUAGCUCUACUGAAAUGUCCACAUCAGGCACAAGUAUGUCCUCACUACUUACAAGCUCUACAGAAAUGUCUACAUUAGCCACAAUUAUCCCAUCAAGUUCCACAAGUUCAACCGAAAUGUCUACAUCAGCCACAAGUAUGUCCUCACUACCUAUGAGAUCUACUGAAAUGUCCACAUCAGGCACAAGUAUGUCCUCACUAGCUACAAGCUCUACUGAAAUGUCUACAUUAGCCACAAUUAUCCCAUCAAGUUCCACAAGUUCAACUGAAAGGUCUACAUCAGCUACAAGUAUGCCCACAAUACCUAUGAGCUCUACAGAAAUGUCUACAUCAGCCACAAUUAUCCCCUCAAGUUCCACAGGUUCAAACGAAAUGUCUACAUCAGCCACAAGUAUGUCCUCACUACCUAUGAGCUCUACUGAAAUGUCCACAUCAGGCACAAGUAUGUCCUCACUACCUGCAAGCUCUACCGAAAUGUCUACAUUAGCCACAAUUAUCCCCUCAAGUUCCACAGGUUCAACCGAAAUGUCUACAUCAGCCACAAGUAUGUCCUCACUACCUAUGAGCUCUACUGAAAUGUCUACAUCAGCCACAAUUAUCCCCUCAAGUUCCACAGGUUCAACCGAAAUGUCUACAUCAGCCACAAGUAUGUCCUCACUACCUAUGAGCUCUACUGAAAUGUCCAUAUCAGCCACAAGUAUGUCCUCACUACCUAUGAGCUCUACUGAAAUGUCCACAUCAGGCACAAGUAUGUCUUCACUACUUACAAGCUCUACAGAAAUGUCUACAUUAGCCACAAUUAUCCCAUCAAGUUCCACAAGUUCAAUUGAAAUGACUACAUCAGCUACAAGCAUGUCCUCACUACCUAUGAGCUCUACUGAAAUGUCUACAUCAGCCACAAUUAUCCCCUCAGGUUCCACAGGUUCAACCGAAAUGUCUACAUCAGCCACAAGUAUGUCCUCACUACCUAUGAGCUCUAUUGAAAGGUCCACAUCAGGCACAAGUAUAUCAUCACUACCAGCAAGCUCUACCGAAAUGUCUACAUUAGCCACAAUUAUCCCCUCAAGUUCCACAAGUUCAACUGAAAUGUCCACAUCAGCCACAAGUAUGUUGUCACUACGUACAAGCUCUACAGAAAUGUCUACAUUAGCCACAAGUAUCCCAUCAAGUUCCACAAGUUCAAUCGAAAUGUCUACAUCAGCCACAAGUAUGUCCUCACUACCUAUGAGCUCUACUGAAAUGUUUACAUCAGCCACAAUUAUCCCCUCAAGUUCCACAGUUCAACCGAAAUGUCUACAUCAGCCACAAGUAUGUCCUCACUACUAG